AUGUUUAACAACAGCUCCGUCCUUCCAUCGCUUCCCAUGGCAUCAGCUGACAUCUUCGACAAGCAGCUCCAAUGUGUCUUGGGGUACAUGCUCAACAAGACCGCAUCCUACGACCAAGCCCGCCAAGCCUGUUCCAUGUACAAGGACUUUACAAAGCACCCUAUAUUCUUCCGCAUCCAUCUCGACACGGCUAAACGUGAUGCAGGUAUAGCCAUUGUCUCGUCCUGGCUGAUUGUGUCCUUGGUGGUUUUCACACCAAGUAUGGGAUGGAACUGUCUGGACAUGCCCUCACCAAACUGCUCUGGCUACUACAACGACUCAUUUGUUGCUGUGAUACUUGGCCGAGCUCUUUCGUUGGGAACACAGACUGAACAUGAAGUCUACUCACUUUGCAACACCACCCGGACCAACAAGACAGGUGCCAACGAUGAGCGGAUGUUCAAUGACACCGGGUUCUUCACCGAUGCAGGUUUCGCCAAGGACUUCUUCAAAGACGCAUGUCUCUCUAACGACACGAAAACAGCAAACAGUAGUCUACUGACGCCACCUCCCGAAAUUGACGAAGUGGCUCCGUGGGAAGACCUGCUGUUCAUUGUACUGUUGGUCAUUUCUGCCUUGGUGGGGACUGUCGGCAACGCUGCUGUCAUCCUGGCAUUCUGCCUCUACAAGAAGGUUCGCACCACUGCCAACACCUUUAUCCUGAACACCAGCUUCUGGGACCUGGUAACGUCUGCCGUCAUCAUUCCACUGACGAUCUCGUCCAUGGUCACCGGUCUACCGAAUUGUGGGGAAGCCUGCUGUGCCUUCAUAGGCUUUCUGAACCUCAAAAGUGUAGUGCAAUCAAUGUUAUCUUGUGCUCUCAUUGCCUUUAACCGGUAUGUGCAUAUUGUGCUCUCACUAGCCACUUACAAGCGCUUCUUUGGUCCUGUCAAGGCAUUUUUCUGGGUGGUUGGGUCGUGGAUGGUUAGCACUUUGGUAAUGGUGCCCGCUAUCUCGGAAGUGUACGGCAGUUUGGGGUGGGACGCGUAUUCGGCAGUGUGUCAGUUGUCUUCUGCAGACACAACAAGCGUGUUGUUUUACAGAGACGUCCUUGCGUCCGUGUACUGGGUGGUAGUGUUAGCGGUGUGUUUGUUCUACGCCCGAAUCUACCUGCACGUGCGGAAGAGUACCAUGGCCAUCGGCCAGCAUCUCGGCCACAGCCCCCAGCAAGUGUCCCUGCAGGCGGUGAAGCGUACAAAACACAUGUUCUACAUCUUCUUCACUUUCCUCACGCUGACCUGUCCGGGCAUCAUAACCAUGUAUAUCGAUUUCUACGGCAACUCAAUUCACAAAGCAAUUUUCUAUCCUGUCAUUGCAGUGUUCUACUUGAACACAGCAGUCAAUCCUAUCAUUUACACCUGGACCCUGAAAGAGUUUCAGCAAGGGUUCAAGUCCAUGGUUCGCUGCAGACGGCAGCUUGUCCCAUCUAACCCUCUUAUUGUCCAACCUACUUGUACUGCUCCGAGAACAUCUCAAUUACCAGGUGUUGUUUCUCGAUUUACCUUAUCUAGCCAUGUUGUCCCAGCAGAACCGACUAUCCCCGUGGUAGAUAUCUAAGGGGCUAUACGAUUUUGUGGCGGGAGGGCCUAGGAAAAAAAUACGGUUUAAAGAGGGCCGUGAAAAAAGUUCAAGGGCCAUACACUAACAAUUAGGUUCCUCCAGGACAUUCAAACAAACACAUAGAUGAAUAACAUGGUCUCCAAACUAACUAGAAAACAACAGAUUUCUCGAUUGGAACUGAGCGAGCGCUGCGUCUAAUUUCGUAGCAGAUAAAAGUAGAUACAAGAACUACGUUAGAAUAGGAAAUGUGUCGUUAUCAUUAUUUGGGGGUCUGAUUCCGACAUUAAAAGUGAUUAUAGUAAAAUAGGUAAGGUGUGGCACAAUCGGUAAGGUG